CCGUAAAAAGAGAGAAAUGUUGAUAUUUUUUGCAAUAAAUGUUACCUUGUUCGUUUUCUUGUUUUCAAAUUCUUUGAUUAUGCCUCUUUUAUUAACAGUAACGCUGACAGUGCUUCACAAUUUUGUAUUUGCCUGUCCGUCUUGUCAUUUUCACUACCAACCUAAAUUGAAUAAAUCGAAAAAUCCCUAACUGUGCGAUCUGCUUUCCUUACGCACGCUGUGCGUAAGGACAGGCAUACAUGAUUAGCGAGUUGUGUGAUCUUAACGAUUUACAGUGGUGAUCGUAGAAAAAUAUACUUGUCAUUUGUGACAUUCAGCUAAGACGUGCAAAAGACAGUGUAUAUGAUGAAGGCAAAUUAUUCUUCUCGUCUUGUGGACGCUAGCGCUACAGUUCACAAUACUUUCCAGAUCCAAUAAUCGAAAAUGGAUUUUGAUGAUAUAUUAGAAGAGCUUGGAGAACUGGGGAAAUACCAAACUGUGACGUACAUUUUAAUUUGCAUUCCUGUACUUUUCGCUGCAGCGAACAGUUUAAGUUACGUUUUUACAGCAGGAACUCCCAACUAUAGAUGUUUUAUACCCGAAUGCGAAGAACCGCAAAACACUUCAUAUGAAGUACCAUGGAUUCACUGGGCUAUACCUAAUGAAGAUUCCAGCGAAGUCCUUGAAUCAAAAUCAUAUUAUUGUGAUAGAUUUAGCGUAAACCAAUCUCUGGCAAACGGUACUUGCUAUAAAGAUUUGUUUACCACACACAUUGAAAAAUGCAACGAAUGGAUAUUUGAUCACACGGAACGCACUAUUGUUAACGAUUGGAACUUAACAUGUGCGGAAAACCAAUGGAAGCUGUCGUUUGUUGGAACUAGCCACUUUGCUGGAAUUAUCGUUGGUUCGGCAUUAUUUGGAAUUUUAGCAGACAGAUAUGGACGCAAGAAAAUCUUCAUAGUAUGUACGGUCUUAAUGAGUCUGUCUGGGUGUGCCCAAGUUUUAUCACCCGGAUAUGUGACUUUUGUUAUUCUGAUGUUUGUAAACGCAACGUGUACGGCAGGAGUUUACCCUCUAGCGUUUAUUAUUGGCGUAGAAAUGGUUGGGAAAAGAAAACGCGAAAUAACAGGAAUGGUCUUAAAUUAUUUUUACGCUGUGGGAGAAGCUGUGGUUGCUCCUAUAGCAUGGUACACAAUGGAUUGGACACUGUUACAACUAAUAGUGUCAGCGCCUGCAGUCUUAUUUUUUGUAUAUUACUGGUUUAUUCCCGAAUCCGUACGAUGGCUUUUAGCAAACCAAAAACGCGAAAGGGCCAAAAAAAUUAUUUGUAAAGCAGCUAAAUUUAACAAGGUGACCCUGUCCGAAUCUCUGUUAGCGUCAUUCCAGAAACAACCUUCAAAGGAAAGUGUGGAGUUGGAAGAAGACGAAGGAACAAAAAUUUUAACCGUUCUCAAAACGCUGCUUCAAUCACGGAAACUCAUUCUUCGAAUGUUAAUUAUUUUUUUUAUUUGGGGUGUGAAUGCUUUUGUAUUCUAUGGACUAUCAAUAAAUUCGACGAGUAUUGGUGGUAAUAAAUACAUCAAUUUCGCCCUUGUUAGUUUGAUUGAAAUUCCCGGUUAUACCAUGGGCUGGAUAAGCAUUCGUACGUUAGGUAGAAGACUAUCACUUGUGAUUUCUCUUUUAUUGUGUGGAUUGACCUGUACUUUGACAAUCUUCGUACCAACAGAUAUGACCUGGGCUAUUAUUGUUCUCUUCCUAAUGGGUAAAUUGGGCGUAACAUCAGCGUUUGGAGUUGUGUACGUUCACACAGCUGAGAUGUUACCCACUAUUAUUCGAAGUGCUGGAGUUGGCUCCGCCUCCACUAUGGCUCGAGUUGGAGCUUUAUUGGCACCAUUUGUACCCUUGCUGGCAAUGUAUGCGGAACCAUUGCCUAUGCUGCUGUUUGGAGCAGUCGCAGUAUUAGCAGGAAUUUUGGCAUUCAAAUUACCUGAAACUUUAGGAUGCAAGUUACCCGAAACGGUAGAAGAAGCAGAAAAUUUAUAACGAUGAACAUAAAAUUAAGUGAAAUUGUUUUUAUAAAACGAAGUUUUUGUUAUUUAACUUGACAAUAAAAGUAUGUAUAAAAA